GGGGCCGGUUGUUCAACUUGUCGUUAAGUCUAACGCUGUCGUUAAAAUAUGUUAACGCAUCGUUAAAAUUUAACGCAUGGUUAAACCUGUUGUUCAUCUCUACGUUAAAUUUAACGCAACGUUAAACUGUCGUUAACUUCUAUAAAAUCUAACGCUGCUAUAGACCUUCGUUAAAUACUUAACGAAGGGUUAUAAUUUAUAAAAUGGCUGCUCUGUUGAUGGUACCUAGGCAAAGAAAAGAGAGAAUCUUCAGAGGAAUGGUUUCUCAUCUAAAUAAUUUGACAGAUACUGAAAUGAGGACAAGAUAUAGGUUUGGAAGAGACUCUAUAGCCUACAUAUGUAAUAUUGUGGGAGAUAAAUUGAGGAGAUCCACAACAAAGGAAACUGCUUUAACAGUGGAACAACAAGUAUGCAUAGCCUUGAGGUUUUAUGCCUCUGGGUCAUUCUUACAAGUCAUUGGAGAUACGAUGGGGUACGAUAAAGCAACUGUAUCUAGAGCAGUAAAUGAUGUAACUAAUGCUUUGCUCGAUGUUAAAGACAACUUCAUCCAGUGGCCAAAAGACAUUUAUUCUAUAAACAGAAUGAAGUGUGGUUUCCACAGACAAAUGAACUUUCCAAAUGUUUUGGGAUGCAUUGAUUGCACGCACGUCAAGAUACAAGGGCCAUCAGAGGACGAGGCAGCUUUUGUCAACAGGAAGGGGUACCAUAGUGUGAACGUGCAGGCUGUGUGUGAUUACGAAGGGAAGUUUACCAAUAUAUCUGCUAACUGGCCAGGGUCAACCCAUGAUUCCCACAUCUUCAACACCUCAAACCUGUGUCAUUACCUGGAGACAAACAACAGAAGACUUGCAGACGGUUUGAUCCUCGGAGAUAGCGGGUAUGCAUGUCGCCCUUUUCUCAUGACACCCUAUCCAAAUCCCAGAGAAAGACACCAGCAAAGAUUUAAUAGAGCACACUCCAGCACAAGAUCCAUUAUUGAAAGGGCUUUUGGAAUCUUAAAGAGAAGAUUUCAUGUUUUGCACUCCGAGGUCAGAAUGAAACCAGAAAAAGUCUGUCGAGUCUUUGGUGCUUGUGCUGUUCUACAUAACAUAGCUUUAACAAGGAAUGAACCUUUGGAUGAUGUUUUUGGUGUACAUGUUCAGCAAGACCAGCCAGUGCAAGUUCCGCAUUUUGAAGGAGAACAGGAUGGUAGACACAUAAGAGAGCAUAUCGCAAGAGUUUUCUUCAACUGAAAUACAUGUUUUGAACACA